AUGGAACGUAUUUCAAUCAAUUUAAAAACUGCCAAGAAAAAUAAUCCUAAACGCAAUAAAAAUAUUAUUCAAAGAAACAAUACCCUCAAUAGCAUCGAUAAUAAGGAGGAAGGCAAUUCGUUUCCAUGUGUUAAAAAUGAAAAAAUAUCAUUUGAUAUUGAUAAUGAAAGUCUCAAAAAUGAUAGUGAUGCUUUUUUAAAUAAACGUAAAAGGAAAAGACAAAAAUUGAUAAGCAAAAUAUCUAUUAAUGAAAUUUCUAAAUCUAAGUUCAGUGAUGAUGAGCAAUCCUCUAAUAAAAAAGAAAAAAUAACCAUUAAAGCACCCACAGAAAUUUUAAAUAACGAACAGAAAAUUACUUCAUUACAAGAAUACGAGAAAGUUCCAAUUAAACAGUUUGGUAUAGGAAUACUACGAGGAAUGGGUUAUGAUGGGAAUGAGGUGGAAGAUGGUGGUAACGUAAAGCAAUCCAAAAACAUGGUUACAAACAGCAAUAAUGGUAGCAUUUCUACUAGUGAUACCAUAGCAAAAGGACAAGAAUAUACAGGGAUAGGUGCUAAAGCAACUGACUCUACUAUUAAUAAACUACAUAAUCAUAUCAACAAUAAAGACAAAGGUGACGAACGAUUUUUUCCUUUAAUAAAGAUACCAAAACUUUGA